GUCUAGGACUUAGACUUGCGUCGCUAGCCCGGAAACAGCCGACCGGCGGGCUACGGGGGCUCAAAUGGCGGAGUCGUCUACCCCACCACCGGUCUAUGUGUACAGUCCCGAGUACAUCGCGCGGUGUGACAUUCUCUGCAAAGUCCCACAGCGGGCCAGCAUGGUGCAUUCCUUGAUCAAAGCAUACUCCCUGCUUGAUCACAUGAGGAUAGUCCGGCCCAAGGUGGCUUCCAUGGAAGAGAUGGCGAGCUUCCAUACGGAUGCCUACCUGCAACAUUUACAGAAAGUCAGCGAGGAGGGUGAUGAUGACCAUCCAGAAUCUGUGGAGUAUGGCCUAGGUUAUGACUGCCCUACCAUGGAAGGGAUCUUUGAUUACGCAGCUGCCGUGGGAGGAGCCACCAUUACAGCAGCCCAGUGUCUGUUGGAUGGCAAGUACAAGGUAGCAAUCAACUGGCCUGGAGGGUGGCAUCACGCCAAGAAGGAUGAAGCUUCUGGCUUCUGCUACUUGAACGAUGCUGUUCUGGGCAUCCUGCAGCUGCGGCGGAAAUUUGACCGGGUCCUCUAUGUGGACCUGGAUUUGCAUCAUGGGGAUGGUGUUGAAGAUGCUUUCAGUUUCACUUCCAAAGUCAUGACAGUCUCUCUGCACAAAUUUUCACCAGGCUUUUUCCCAGGAACAGGAGACGUGACUGAUGUGGGCCUGGGGAAAGGGCGCUAUUACAGCGUCAACGUGCCCAUCCAGGAUGGCGUCCAAGAUGAGAGAUACUAUCAGAUCUGUGAAGCGGUGCUGAAGGAGGUCUAUGUGGCAUUCAACCCUGAAGCUGUGGUCCUGCAAUUGGGAGCUGAUACGAUUGCUGGUGACCCCAUGUGCUCAUUUAACAUGACCCCCGUGGGUGUUGGCCAGUGCUUGAAAUACGUGCUGCAAUGGAAGCUGCCGACCCUCAUCCUGGGAGGAGGAGGAUACCAUCUGGCUAACACAGCUCGCUGCUGGACAUAUUUGACUGCGGUCAUUCUUGGGAGAACGUUAUCCUCCGAGAUCCCAGAUCAUGAGUUCUUCACAGAAUAUGGCCCUGAUUAUGUGUUGGAAAUCACACCAAGCUGCAGGCCAGACCGCAAUGAUCCUCAGAGAAUCCAGGACAUGCUCAGCUGUAUAAAAGGGAAUUUGAAGCAUGUGGUGUAGGCGGGGAAGGACAGCUCUUACCAUUCCUCAUGGGCCGGUCAGAUUGAGAAUGCUGCAGUUUUCUGCUGCUGGUGAACUUCAGAAGAAGAUACUGCUACUCCAUUGCUACUCCACUGCUAUGACCAUCGAUGCUGUUAUCAACUUUUUAAAAGUAGUAGUAAAUUCUUGUGAGGGGACUUGCUAUGAUGGUUUUUAAGGAAGGGAGGUAGCAUUUCUGUGUGAGGCUUCGGUGGUCAGUUUUGUAUCUUUUUAUCUACUUUGUAGGGACCCCAGGUACAGCUUGCCUGUCAAAUGGCAGGGGUCUGCUGUACCACUGGGGAUGAGAGGGUGGGCCUUGGGCCUUCUGCCUCUUGGAUUGGCUGCCUCCUCACCAGAGGGAGAGAAGUGUCUUUUAAAAACUGUUUGAAUUUUAAAAUAAAGUAUUUGAUAUA